AUGACGCCAUAUUUUCCUUCUAAACUAAGAAUCGCUGCCCUACCAAUUGUCAAAACCUUAGAAAUUAAAAGAAUCAACAAUACUACCGUGAUCUCCGGAUUUGAAGCCGAAUUAAUAAAUUUAUUGUCACGUAAACUAAAUUUCGAAUAUGAGAUUCUUGUUCCCACAGACUCAUCGUACGGUUCAAGGGAUGCAUCCGGAAACUGGACUGGAAUGGUGGGAAUGCUUGCAAGGAAUGAAGCUGAUAUGGCAUUUGCUUUAAUGGGUAUCACCGAAGAUAGGUCAACUGUAGUGGACUUCAGCAUACCGUACAUCCCUCUGGAUAAAACGUUUCUGAUGCAUCAUGCUUCAUUCUUGCCAAAAACAUCAGCAUUCAUGUAUCCUUUCAGCACACUCGUAUGGUUUUUAUUCUUUAUCGUACUUCUCUUAGUCACAAUGCUGUUUCGGGCAUUGAUUUCCCCAAAAGAUUCUAUAUGUUCCGUUUUUAUCAUUUUGUGGGGAUCUUGUUUCAGACAAGGAAUAAACUACAACCCUCGUCCAAUGUCCAGACGCAUACCACUUGGAAUUUGGCUUAUUUAUUCAUACGUGAUAACUCUGAGUUACAGCUCAGUCAUGUUAUCAUUUUUAACAUCCCCUAUCAGAACGAAACAAAUAAGAGAUUUCAAGGAACUCUAUGCAGCAGUCAGAGAUGGAGCAAUGGAUUGCCGAGCUGCAUUGCCCACUCUUGAAGCAGAGUAUUUGUCGAAAAGUGACAUACCCCAUCUCAAAGGAUUAGGAGAAUAUAUUAAGAAGAAUAAAUGGUACUACACAUCUUAUACCAACCAAAGCGUGCCAAAACACACAGCAAUGCUUGGGUCACCGUUUCUGUUUCGUUUAGUUUUUGGGUCCCCUCAAACCUACUUUUAUUCGAAGGACGCUUUUGGAUAUUUUCCGUUCGGAGUUGCAAUCAGGAAAGACUUCUGCUGCAAAAAGCGUUUCAAUACAAUCCUGCUCCGAAUUUUAAGUGGUGGCUUGUAUAAUAAAUUCAUGAGCGAUGUCUUCUUUAAAUUGGAUUUAAAGAAAAAUUUAAACAAUGACUUUUAUCAUAGUACAUCAGCGUCAGCUUUAGGAUUAUCAGAUUUAAAUGGAGUGUUUUUUGUUCUCGGUGUAGGCUUUGCAGCAGCUGUCUCUGCUUUGAUACUGGAAAUCAUCUUCAGUAGAUGGCUGUGUUCAGAACCUCUCCAAGCUAAAAUACACGAUACGUAA